UUUGUUCCCACAUUUUCUUAUCUCUUUCUUUUUCCAUAGAUACAAUCAAAGACAAGGCAGCCUAAAAGAAUUCAUUGGUGCUAGUGUAGUGUUAGCCGAAAUCAAUUCUUUAUUAAAAUAAUAGGCAAGGCAAAGAUAAAACCUCAAGAUCCCCCCAGUAUUGGAAUUGGAUACCAUUUUUCAGUUUGACUGAAGUCGGGGAAUUCAAUAUUUCACAUAUCAAUUAGGUUUGAGUGAAUCGGCCAUGGCGCGAGGCUCCUCCCAAUCGCAAGCUACCGCCUCCGCCUCGUCCACCACCUCCCGCCCCGGCACCAUGGCCCCGCGCGGCUCGGCCGCCGCCGCCGCCGGGAUGCGUCGCCGGAGGCUAGGAGGCGGUUCCAGCUCCUCCAGCUCAUCCGGGGUGGGGGCCGGCGGCGGAGGCGGCGGCAACAUGCUCCGGUUCUACACGGACGACUCGCCGGGGCUGAAGAUCGGCCCCACCGUGGUUCUUAUCAUGAGCCUCUGCUUCAUCGGAUUCGUCACCGCCCUCCACGUCAUCGGCAAGUUUUACCGCUUCAAAACCGGAUCCUGAUCCUCUCCUUCGCAUCCAUGACUGAUUUAGCGCCACGUGUCGUCGUUUCAAUACUUAAUUUUGUGUUGUUUUGGAGAGAGUGUGUGAAGAAAAUUAGAUGAAUAAGUUUUUUGUUUCUUCGGAGUAAUAGUAACUUUUCGUAGAAUAAUGCAGUUUCUGAUGUAAUAAUAUGUCCACUUCUAUAUUUUAUCAUAAUAUAGCAUCUUUGAUAAA